CUCUCCCUUCCCCCUCGUGAUCUCUCGCCACGGGAGCCCCGUGACUCGAGCUCGUCAUUCACCUCAAUGGCGAUGGCCGCGGCCGCCUCCCCCUCCAAGAUCCUGAUCCCCCCGCACCGAGCCUCCGCCGCGACCGCUGCCGCGUCCACCUCCUGCGACUCCCUCCGCCUCCUCUGCGCGCCGCGAGGACGGCGCCAGCGCCCGCGCGGGUUGGUCGCGCGUCCGGCUCCGCGGCGGCCCUUCUUCUUCUCCCCACGUGCCGUGUCAGACUCCAAGAGCUCCCAGACCUGUCUCGACCCCGACGCAAGCACGAGUGUUCUCGGAAUUAUUCUUGGAGGUGGUGCAGGGACUAGAUUGUAUCCCCUGACGAAGAAGCGUGCGAAGCCUGCAGUGCCAUUGGGUGCCAACUACAGGCUUAUUGAUAUUCCUGUCAGUAAUUGUCUGAACAGCAACAUAUCAAAGAUCUAUGUGCUCACGCAGUUCAACUCAGCUUCUCUUAAUCGUCAUCUCUCACGAGCCUAUGGGAGCAACAUUGGAGGUUACAAGAAUGAAGGAUUUGUUGAAGUCCUUGCUGCACAGCAGAGCCCAGAUAACCCUGACUGGUUUCAGGGUACUGCAGAUGCUGUAAGGCAGUACUUGUGGCUAUUCGAGGAGCAUAAUGUUAUGGAGUAUCUAAUUCUUGCCGGAGAUCACCUGUACCGAAUGGACUAUGAAAAGUUUAUUCAGGCACACAGAGAAACAGAUGCUGAUAUUACUGUUGCUGCGUUGCCCAUGGAUGAGGAACGUGCAACUGCAUUUGGCCUUAUGAAAAUCGAUGAAGAAGGGAGGAUAAUUGAAUUCGCAGAGAAACCAAAAGGAGAACAGUUGAAAGCUAUGAUGGUUGAUACGACCAUACUUGGCCUUGAUGAUGCGAGGGCAAAGGAAAUGCCUUAUAUUGCUAGCAUGGGUAUCUAUGUUAUUAGCAAACAUGUGAUGCUUCAGCUUCUCCGUGAGCAAUUUCCUGGAGCUAAUGACUUUGGAAGUGAGGUUAUUCCUGGUGCAACUAGCACUGGCAUGAGGGUACAAGCAUACCUAUACGAUGGUUACUGGGAAGAUAUUGGUACAAUCGAGGCAUUCUAUAAUGCAAAUUUGGGAAUUACCAAAAAGCCAAUACCCGAUUUCAGUUUCUAUGACCGUUCUGCUCCCAUUUACACACAACCUCGACACUUGCCUCCUUCAAAGGUUCUUGAUGCUGAUGUGACAGACAGUGUUAUUGGUGAAGGAUGUGUUAUUAAAAACUGCAAGAUACACCAUUCAGUAGUUGGACUCCGGUCCUGCAUAUCUGAAGGGGCAAUAAUAGAGGACACAUUGCUAAUGGGUGCGGACUACUAUGAGACUGAAGCUGAUAAGAAACUCCUUGCUGAAAAAGGUGGCAUUCCCAUUGGUAUUGGAAAGAAUUCACACAUCAAAAGAGCAAUAAUUGACAAGAAUGCUCGUAUUGGAGAUAACGUGAUGAUAAUCAAUGUUGACAAUGUUCAAGAAGCGGCAAGGGAGACAGAUGGAUACUUCAUCAAAAGUGGCAUUGUAACUGUGAUCAAGGAUGCUUUACUCCCUAGUGGAACAGUCAUAUGAAGCAGGUGUGAAAUGUGUGCCAAGGGACAGGGCUACUUGCAUCAGUCUGGAAUCAACCAACGAGGCCGCGAAGAGAUCAUAAGAGCAAUAAAAACGAGUGCCAUGCAAGGCACUUCUCCACCCUUUUUCUCCCUUGAUGUAUUAGGAACUGUGAUGUACAAGCAACUGUGAUGCACUUAGGCGAAGUGCCCCUGGAUCCAACUUUCUCUUUGCUUGUAGUUGAUUUCCAGCAGACCAUGCUAUUUGUUGUAUGGUUCAUGUAAAACCUUGCGUUGCUUUAUAUAUAAUGGGCCGAAAGCCUAUUUCGUGA